AUGAGGGGUGGGUCGAGGAGGAACAGAGAGGGGCUCCAAGGCAGCCCUUGCGCUCCCUGGGCUCAGCCUCCCUGCCCGUCCCCCUGUGCCCUCGGUGCCAAUCCCAACCCCGUCCCCGCGUGCCCCCAGAACUUGAAGAAGAGCUGGCACCCCCAGACCCUGCGCAAUGUGGAGAAGGUGUGGAAGGCGGAGCAGAAGCAUGAGGCCGAGAGGAGGAAGAUCGAGGAGCUGCAGCGGGAGCUGCAGGAGGAGCGGGCGCGCGAGGAGAUGCAGCGCUACGCCGAGGACAUGGGCACGCUGCGGAAAAGGGAAGAGAAGCUGGAGUGGAUGUACCAGGGCCCCGGGGGGAUGGUGAACAGGGAGGAAUAUCUCAUGGGGCGCCCUGUGGACAAGUUCAUCUUCGAGAAGGCCGAGGACAAGGAGGCAGGGUGUUCCAGCGAGACUGGGCUGCUCCCAGGGUCCAUCUUUGCCAAGUCUGGGGCCAACUCCGUGCUGGACAUGGCCAACAAAAUCCGGGAGGACCCUCUGUUCAUGAUCAGGUGCUGGGAGGGAGCUCCAGGGAGGGGGGUCCUGGCUGGGAGCUGGGCUGUGGGGCUUAGAAACACUGCAGGGACACGGGUGAACAGGAACCUGGGGAGGGACAUAAAUAAACCCCAACCACACGUGCACCCCUCCCUGUGCUCCUCCUGGCUGAGGUCUCCUCUGGGGCCUUCCACUGUUCUCCUACGAGAUCCUUCUGAAUUGCAGGUGAGAGACUCGGAGCAGAGCCACAGGUCCCGCAGCUCCCCAGGGCCUGGCCAGGACAGGGCUCCCCACAGGCACCGGGAUCGCUCCCGCAGCUCCUCCCGCUCCCCCCAGAGACAUUCCAGCAAGAGGAACUCGGAGCAGUCCGGCUCCAGGGGCUCGGGAUCUCCUUCCAAACACAGCAAACAGCACAGCAGUCGGGAGGAGAAGGGGAGAGCCAGGAGCCCUUCCCCCAAAAAGAGCUACCGGCGCCAGCACCCCCCGGGUUACACCAGAAAGCUCUCUCCAGAGGAACUGGAGCGUAAACGGCAGGAAAUGAUGGAAAAUGCCAAGUGGAGGGAAGAGGAGAGAGCAAACAACCUCAGGAAACACAGGAAGGAGGAGGAGCUGGAGCGGGAGCUGGAGAAACUCGACGCCAGGGAUGGAAAGUUCUUCCACCGUUUAAAGCUGGAAAGUGCCUCCACUUCCACCCUGGAGGACCGUGUGAAGAGGAACAUCCACUCCCUGCAGAGAACUCCUGCUGCCUUGGAAAAGAACUUUAUGCAGAGAUGAGGCUUGUUUUGCUCUCCCUCUGCUCCUGUGCAGCAGUUAAAUGGACUCUUGUUCCCAGAGGUGAGAGCCCUCCAGCACAGCCUCACUGCUCUCUCCAGGAACACUUCCCAGCUCCCAGAGGUGCUGGAUCUCUGUGCUGAGCCCAGGGCGUGCUCAGGACUGGGGGCACUGGGAGUACUUUUGUAGUGGGUGGGACCUUGGCUGGGGAACUCGUGAGCCUCUGUGGUCCAUUUUUAAGGUCUUGCCAGAGCUUUUCCUUCCCUCUCCCCACCUUGACUGGUGUCACUUUUGUACAUUGUUACCAAAUUGUGCCAGGUGGUCACUGCUUCCUGCUACCCAGCUCUUUAUAGGCCAGAGCUAAACAGCCAUUUUUAUUAAUCCUUAAAAAUCUGAGCAGAACCAAUUGACAUGUGAGUUAAUUUCGUGGAAUUUGAUAAAACCACACGAGCCCUGUCCAUCCUGUCACCAUUUCAGGUGGGCAGGGUGUGAUGUUAGGCCAGUCUCAGAGGAUCUGUGGCCAUUAUUUGGUUGCUCACAGAUUUCACUGGUAUUUGACCCAAAAGAAGCUGCUUCCAGGGGAAGGGAAAUGAGCAGAGCGUAGCUGGGUACAGCAGACAUUUCUCUGGGAUUUUGUACUGUAAGUAAUGUGUAUAUGUACAGCGGUGUAGAUUUAUUUUGUCUUUUUAAUUAAGAAACUCCACUGUCA